UUUUCGUAACCGUCAUGUAACUCUUUUGUGUUCCCGGUUCAAGAAACUCAAAAAAUCCCUGUAACGAACAACAGGGGGAGAUUGUGACCUCUCUCACAGCUCCAAUAAUAAUCCUCGCAGAGGAGCAAGUUACAACCCUCUAGCUCCAGUGCAUCAGCUGACCCGUCGGCAAAAGAUAUAAAACUGUGAUUUCGAGUGUCAGAAAGGAGGAUCUGUCAACUUUGUAUCAUGGCUUUGUCUUUAGUCAAGUAUGAAGACUAUUUUUGGCACAGCGUCACAACUGCCGGAGAUUACGGGAGAGUACUCGGAGAAAGCCAGCAACGCCGUCUCCAGUCUCGUCAAAGGGGAAUAACUAACGCACACGCUAGAACUGUUCCCUCCCCUUGACUCUUGUUGAUUACUUAUUAAUUCUAUUUUUCUGUGUGUGUAAAUUCAACAACAACACGUGUGCUUGGAAAGAAGAAGAAGAAGAAGACAACCACCGUCGCAGCCCCUCCCCUCACCCUCACCCGUAAUCAAAUGUGUACCGGUACGACUGACGGUAUCACUUCGUAGUUUUUUAGUCACUACUGUGAUGAGAGUAGAUGUCGCACGAACCGGAUUUGAUAUCGUUUGUUCUGGAUUGGAUAUCGCAAGGCCUGGAUCUUGAUUGGAUAUGGCAAGGCUGCCUGGAUUGUGAUUGUAGCAGUCGGACCUGGAUCGUGCGUCACAUGACGCGGAUUGGAUUGGAUUGUUGUAUGUCGUGUGACCUGGAGAGUGGAUGUCGGAUUAACCUGGGUUGAAUGAAUGCUGUGUGGAAUGAUAACUUGGUGAUAAGUCGCAUAACCUUGCAGCUGGGAUACUCUCGGCUGUGACCUUGCAGCUGGGAUAGUCUCAGCCGUGACCUUGCUGCUGGGAUACUCACGUCUGUGACCUUGCAGCUGGGAUAGUCUUGGCUGUGACCGUACAGCUGGGAUAGUCUCCUCAUCUCUCAAUUCAUCGUCAUCGUCAUCAUCAUCAUUGUUCUGAAUGUGUCAGGAUGUGUCGUUAUUAUAAAAUUAGCCCAGUCUCUCUGUUUCAUUAUUUUGUUACAAUCUUGUAUUGUAAAUCAGACAGAAAUUGUAAUAAUAGUUUUAACUGUGGUUUUUCUCUCGUUCCUCCACUUUCCAGUUUGAGUGGAGUUUUCUCUUUCUCUCACUUUCCCUCGCCUUCGUCGGAAAGUUACUUUGGAUAUCUUCUGUUCGUUUCAGACGGAAAAAAAUGUGUGUGUAUUUUACAUGACAGCUGUCUUGUUCUCUGUGGGUUUGUGGUGGUUCAAUUAUUAAACCGUUGAUCAGACACUUUA